CGACAAAAUAUACUAAUAUCUCUCCACAAAACACAGAGCUUCUCAAACACUUUAAAGCUUCCCAGAUCUAAAGAAAGAAAGAAAGUUUGUACUAACAAGAUGACUUAUCUAAACAAGAUUUGGAUGGCAGCAUCUCUCGUGGCUGUUCAAGGAAACCCAGAGCACGGCGUCAAGUUGAAAACCGGUCUCACCUCCGCCCACCGCCUUCAACGCCGUCUUUCCGCCGAUCUCCGGCCUCUCGCCGCCGCAGAUGUCCAUGCUGACGGUGUUCCUGCGGAUGAUAGACGACGUACCUCUUCUUCGGCUCCUGAUGAAUCUCUCCGUCAGGUCAUGUACCUAAACUGCUGGAGCCAAGGCUGAUUUUUAACUCCCAUCAUCCAUCCAUAAAUGAUGAUGUUGACUCGCUCAUGGACCCGCUGAGUCGGACAAAACGAGUCGGAUUCUCUGAUGAUAACUGUAUAUAGUUUGUUCGUUUGUUAUGGACUUGUAGUAGCCCCUCUUAUCUUAUGUGAAUAGUAGAAAUGUUCAAAACGAUCAAAAGCAAGCGUUAGUCUAUGAGAAUAGUGUUUAUGUUUUAAUCUUGAAGUUCUCAUUAAAAUCUUCUCAAAUCUUUGGGAAAAAAAAGUCUUCUCAAAUCUUGAUUGUGUUACCACUAAUUCGACUUUACCACAGGGAAUUUGAUUCUCAAUUAAAUAUUA